GGGGCGGGCCGUGCGGCGGAGGAAGCGCAGCCCGCGGGCAGAGCUGCCGCCCGCGGCCGGCCGGAGCGCGGCUCGGUGGUGGGAGGUGAGAGGCAACCUGCGUGCUCUGCCGCUGCCAGCUGGGACGUGUGUGCUGACGAGGAGCUGGGAGGAGCAGGGGACAUGGAUCGUGGUGUCACCCUCGAGAAUCCCUAUGCCACUGUGGACAUCCCACGGGCUCAGUUUCAGCAGAGCUUCAUCACUCGAUACCUGCAGGAUGAGCCCUCUUCACCCACCGUGAUUGCCAACCCUGCCACCGUGCCCACAUACAGCUUGGAGGAGCAGGCGAACCAUGCCGGCAUGGCCAGCUGGAAUAGUCAGACCAUUUCCACCGAGAAGUCUUGGUCUCGGCCGUAUAACCCCUAUGCCAGCCUGAAGAUGCCCAAUGGGACAUCCCCUGACUCCUUCUACACAGUCAGUCUGGACAAGCCAUCCAAGGGCCGUGAGCACCAGGUGAAUGGGGGAAACUGCUGCUCUAAGUAUUGCCCCUGCUGCAGAAAGUGCUGCUGUGUCGUCUCCUAAAGACCCUCACUGCGAGCUCUGGGUGUGCCAACCUCGGGUCGGUGCCGGGCAGCCCCGAUGGGACCUGGCUGCCCAGCCUGGACUUCCUGGUGGGCUGGGCUGGGAGGUGGCAGCAGAGCUGCCCCCGUUACCCACCAGAGCUGGCAGCUUGGAGGUAGCACUAAUUUGACUCCACUGUUGGUUGUCACCCUUGAGCGCAAUGCAGCCAGAUACAUCGGUGACAGGCACCUACAACGUCCUGAGAGCCCAAUGUGGUGUGGCUGGGUAGAAACAAAAGUCUCCCCCCUGCCCCACUGAGGUCUGGAGUGUCCUGAGGAUGGUGUGUGCCAAUGCAGAUGCCCACCAAGAAAGGCUUAAAUUGGGGCUGGGGCAGUUUGAGCCUGUGAACCUGCCAUCCUUGGCCAUGGCUGCCAAUCCAGCCUUGCAGGGAAACCUACAACUCUGAAGAAGGCCCAGGCUUUGUAUGCACACCGGGAGGCAAAUCUGGAUGAUGGCAACAAUUAGCACGUGGCAGAAGUUGGUGGGGAAGGCAGGCAGCGUUGCUGUCUCAGAGUGGGGGCAAACAAUCAGGCCAUGCCUGGGACUUUCUGGAGCUCAGACUGUGCCCCCCAGGCUGGGACAGAGAUCCCCACCUCCUCAGAGCCAAGGGGUCACCUCCAUGCAACAUCACAGGGGUGCCGUAAAGCCCUGUGCCAAGCAGGUCUGAGUGGAUACCGCUUCUCUUCGCCACACUGCCCACGGGACGGAGGGAAGGAGACAGGAAGGACAGGCAGACAAAGUGUGGCAGAGUGCUGGGCACUGCUCCAGGGCAGUGCCUGACAGCACAGGUUCAGGUGUCUAAAGUCCGGGUGCUAGGAAACCACUGGCCUGCCUCAUUUCCUCCUCCUGGGCUCACCAGGCUUGGUGGAGUGCCCCGUGGCAGCACAUCCCCCCACCCUCAUCUGUGUUUGGGCUCUGAGCCCGGUUCGGCUUGGCCCCAGCACCGUCCAGGCACCCAGCAUCAGAAGUGGGGUAGUACUGGGGCAUCCCGCUUCAAGCAGUUCCCAAAGUGGGUUCCCAGUGUGAACUUUCUACAACAACUGGAAGAGGAGAAAGGCAAGUGUGGAGCCCACUAUCCUCUUUGCAGCUUGCUGGGGCAGCCUCUGACUUCAUUUUCAGCUGAAGCUGGCACACCAGACCUGGAACAAGCAUGCUGUUGUCCUUGUGGAGCAGCGCGUCCCACGGCUGGCUGGCUGUACUGCCAGGUAAUAGUCUGCGCAAGCAAAUGCGUCUGCUGCAGGAACUGCCUCUGUCUCCAGGCUGGCGGUCAGGACAGGGGCUUGGAAAGAAUGUGUGUGUUAGCAGAUGACUUCAGUGCACUGCAAAUAAAAUUACAGACAUCUCCUC